CAUAUCCAACGUCUCAACUUCACUAUGUUUUGACUCAACUCCUUCCACAACGUCACGCAUCUCAAGAACACCCCCGCAUUAAACGACUAUACUCUCUUACACACCCUCUCUCUCCUCCCUGGAUCUCACCUCAACUUAAGCACGCGUACCUCUUUCAUCUUUAUCUUAUUUACCAAUUUGAAUUCACUCCAUUUAUCUCAUUGACAAUUCUCACAUCUCUAAAUUCAUCAGUUUCAGGAAAAUAUUGCUGUUUCCUCACCUCUUUUAUCGUUAAAAUCUUUUUUUCCAAUAGUAUUUAUAAGUAGGAUUUGUGAAUUUCCGUAUUUGAUUAUUCACAACAAUCUUCUUUUCCAGCUCAUCGUUCUUCAAAAGAUUCGUCAAUUUCAGGAAUUGUUAAUCUUUUGAUUGAAAAUUUUGAGAUAUAAGAUUAGGUCAAUAUGUUGUGGAAGUCUGCUUCUAUCAAGUACAAUGGAAAGUGCGUUCGCUUGGUGGUGUUUUUCCGUGUUAUUCUGUAAAAAUUCUCUGUUUUUGGAAACUUCUAGACAAUCGAGCAUUUAUUUGGAGUAUAUUAAAAAUUGGCAAUCUGGUUGGUGGUCUUUGUUGAGAAUGUUCAUUGCGAUUAACAAAGAGGGACAUCAAACUAUUGAAGCUGUGGUCAAGAUUACCAUGAAUGGUGGGAUUAUUGGGUACAACAGAUUGAUGCUUGUUUGUCAGGCUGAGUAUUUCCGUCAAUUGCUUAAGCCUGUUACGUAGUCUAACAAAGCAAUUUCGUGGGACGAACGGGAGGGACUGCCUUGCUCAUGCCAUUUGGGAAGGCAGUAAAACACCUAUAUUUUUUUCUGUUUGCGUUUGUCGGCUGAGUAUUUCCAUCAAUUGCUUAAGCCUUUAAAAUAGUUUAAGUAAAGCGAUCUCGUGGAACAUUGGGACGUAUAUUGCGUUUGUUGAUGCUCAUUCUUUUGAAGGUAACAACAUAGAUGAAUAUGAUUGUGUCUUGGUGGUGAUUGACAGCUAUUGAUAUUGCAUGCUCUCUUUCAAUAGCUACAAUUUGCUAGUUAUUCUUCUCCACUGUUGUUGAGCUGCUUCUAGUUAAAGUGUUCGAGGAUCUGAUUCUUAGUGGUAGAGACCUUUGAUAAAGGUUGGUCAUUCAAGUGGAUAGCUCAUGCAGAAUACGCGGAAUUUCUCAAUUAGACGAGGGUUGGUCCCUCCGGAAAAUCAGACUCGGGUAAAUGAGUUCGAUAAUGUCUCUCCUGCAUCUGCCUUUGUUGGAAUCUUACCUUCCGCCCCAAAGAUGCCAAGAUCUUUGCAUGAUGUCCAAUUUCAGCCUUCUGAAAUAUGCCCUCAGAAUUUCGUCAUUGUUGAUGAAACUGAUUACCAUAGUCAGAUCAUGUUCAAUCCUGCAAUUGCACAGACCUUAAGCUAUCCUCAUAUGGAUUUCCACGAAACUUCCAAUAGAGAAUCUACUGAGGAAAAACAUGAAAAUAAUUUUGGAGGCAAUUCUUCUCCACUUAUUGAGGAUUCAGAGUACAUUGACUUAUUAAUGAGCUUAGAUGACCAAGAAAACUCUGAAGAGGAAGAAGUCAGUACAGCAAGGACUCAGGGUCACGAUGGGAGCAGCUCUCCUGAAUCUUGCUGUAAUUAUGCAUCAAAAAGCCAAAAGGUAACAUACCCGUCUUCCAUCAAGAGGUCAUCUGCCGGUGGAAGCAGCCACAGUGUCAAGAAAAGAAAGGAAGCACGUAAGAUGGUCAAGGCAUUACGAGGAAUGGUUCCUGGAGAUGACGAGAUGAAUACUGCAGCUGUUUUCGAUGCAGCAGUUGUGUACCUCAAAGGCUUGGAGGACAAGGUGCAGAAUCUCGGACUGAGUAAUCUCACACACUUUCCUUGAACCGAUUGCUGGGAAACUCUAUGGGUUAUUCUUGCUGCUAUUGGCUGCCUAGGACCUUUCUAUUAUCUUUUUGCAUCUUAAGCAUGGACAAUGGAUUUAACAGAUGUAAUCCAAUUAUGUUUUUGGCUUUUGCUGACAGUUUCUAACUAAUGGCGCAAUUCAACUUUUUCCGGACACGUGCGCAUUCCGGACACGUGCGCUCUUGUGAAAAGGACGAUUCUGUCACUCUUUUAACAGUGAUUUCGGUUAAACGUGCAUUAGUAGCGGCUUAUGUAUACUUAAUUAUGAUCCAGUGCUGCUUUCUGCAAGCGUGAUGUUAUUAUAUCUUGAAUUUACAUUUUGUUUAUGAACUUUAAAGAGUACUAUCCCAUCAUAUUAUAUGUUGGAGAUCAUAUAGACAGAAUAAUGAUGGUAAUAUAUGCUGUUUUAUGUGGUC